AUGUUUGUUGAUUUUGCCUCGCGUCACAUCAGCGGGAGGCUGUGUGUCGCUGCUUUGCUUCUGGAUCUCUGUGUUAAAGGAGAAGAAAUCACACAGACCAACGCAGAGUUCGUCUUCGUGUCUCCGCAAACGGCCAACGAAGUCCUGUCUCGACCUCGCCGCUACAACAGCGGCCAUCUUGAAGAGGUUCUACAGAAGGACAGUCUGGAGCGCGAGUGCCUAGAGGAGCAGUGCAACAUGGAGGAGGCCCGGGAGUGGUUCGAAGAUGAACAGAAAACUUUGGAGUUCUGGGCUAGAUACGUUGAUGGAGACCAGUGCGAGCCGCCUCCCUGCCAAAACGCAGGAAAGUGUCAGGACGGAGUCAGCUCGUACACGUGCUGGUGCAAACCCUCCUUCAGCGGCAAAAACUGUGAGAUCGUGUUGGCUCAGCAGUGUUCGUUGGACAAUGGCGGCUGUUCUCAUUUCUGUGACAUGAAGCAGUGGCAGGUCGAGUGUCACUGUGCUCCUGGAUACAAGCUGGGCCCCGACCAGAAGACCUGCACCCCCACAGAGCCGUUUAGCUGUGGUCUGGUCAAAACCGGCACCACAACUAAAUCCAUCCUGACCCCACGGACGUCAAACUCCACGCAGAGAAACAGCUCAAUACAAUACGACAAUUAUGACCUGAAUUUAACCAUGUUUUAUGAGUACUACGACGACAGCGGCGUGAGGGACGUCCCGUCAGAUUAUCAGGGAGAUCAGGGGCAAGUUUUGGAAGAGAACGAGGGAAGCAGCUCAGAUAAUCUCACACUGUGGUCCACUCCGAAUCGGACUGAUCCCAACGCCCAGCACAACGCUGACCAGAGGAUUGUGGGAGGGGACGAGGCCACGCCCGGUCAGAUACCAUGGCAGGUGGCGCUGAUGGAGCAGAGGGCGGGGAUUCUGAGGCCGAUGCCGUUCUGUGGAGCUUCUCUGCUCAGUGAGGUCUGGGUGGUCACCGCUGCUCACUGCCUCAUCAAGAGAGCCGGGAAAACCAUCCGAGACGACUUCUUUGUGCGACUCGGUGAGCAUGACGUUCUCCAAGACGAGGGCCAAGAGCGGGACUACAGUGUCUCAGAGAAACUCAUCUACCCAAACUACAAUUACACAAAGUCCCCUUACGACCACGACAUCGCCCUCUUGAGGCUGUCUGACCCGGUGCUGCUGUCCGAAACAAGACGCCCCAUAUGCCUGGGACCCAGAACCUUCUCCGAGACCAUCCUGCGGACAGUCCCAGCCUCUCUGGUGUCUGGCUGGGGAAGACUGAGGUUCCAAGGCCCUGAGUCCCCCAGGCUCCAGAAACUAGAGGUGCCGUAUGUCGACCGGACGGUGUGUAAGGCGAGCAGCAGAGAAUCCAUCACCCGCCUCAUGUUCUGUGCAGGUUACGCCCAGGAGCAGAAGGACUCGUGUCAGGGCGACAGUGGAGGACCUCACGCCACUAACUACAAAGGCACCUGGUUCCUGACUGGGAUCGUGAGCUGGGGCGAGGAGUGCGCUCGGGACGGGAAGUACGGCGUCUACACCAGAAUCUCGCAGUAUUACAAAUGGAUCGCCUACAAAACUGGGAUGAAAGGAAAAAGGACUGAAAGAAGCCGGAAAGUGAAGUCCUGA